AAACGUUCCUUGAUGAUCGCAGAAUGACGAUCUGCGUUGUCGAUCAGCAUUUUAGUCUAAAUAAAAUGCUUUUGCGUGCAGUUGCUUUAUGGCCUUAUCGUCGAACAAAACUAAUUGACUUUCAUGUUUUCUUGAUUCUUGUUAUUUUUAUUAGCUUUAUCCUGGUCCAGUUGACAACCUUUCUAACUACAGAAUGCACACCUGAAAUGAUAAUUAAAAGUUUAUGCUACACAUCGGAUGCCAGUAUGUAUGUUUUAACAUACACUUCCUUUUGGCUUAAUGUCGAUACUAUAAGAUGUCUAUUGGAGAAAUUUCAAUAUAUAUGUGACGAGCUAACAGACGAAGGUGAAAUCGCUAUCAUAAAACAAUACGGGAACGGGGCGAAACGUUUUACAAUUAUGUUUUCAUUAUGCAUCGUGUCCAACAUAAGUAUUACGUGUCUUCUACCAGUUUUCCCGCGAAUUCUUCGUACUUUUACGUCCAUAAAUGUGUCUGAAGAACAUUUUACGGUACAUGUUAUGAGAGAAUAUUUUAUCGAUCAAGAAAAAUAUUACUAUUGUAUUUUGCUGCACUUCGACGUAACCAUCUUUAUAGGAGGAAUUGGAUGUAUGGCAACAGGGACAUUGCUGUUUGGCUGCAUCAAAUAUAUUUGUGGAAUAUUUAGAAUCGCCAGUUAUCGUAUUGAUCAAGCAAUGCAGACUGCGACACUACACCAUGCUGUUUUGUCGAACAAUUUUAUACUUUAUAAGAAGAUCGUACGUGCCAUAGACAUUCAUCGCAAAGCAGUAAAAUUAUGUGAUAUAAUAACAUCCAAUUUCGUGGGAACAUUUUUUAUAAUGAUGAUAGUUUGUAUUAUUAGCUUAAGUCUCAAUCUCUAUGGACUUCACCGGGCUCUAAUGCUUAGAAGCACCACGGAGGAAUAUGUGGCAUAUGUUUCACUUACUGCCACUCCUUUAGUAUACAUAUUCUCCGUCAAUUAUGCUGGACAGAAGAUCACAGAUCACCAUAAUUAUAUAUUUAUCAAUGUGUACAACUGUAAGUGGUACAGAACUCCUUUAUAUAUACAAAGGAUAAUUUUGUUUCUGCUGCGAAGAGGCACUAAUAAUAAUUACCUUGUUUUUGGUGGGCUGGCUGUGUUAUCUCUGGAAAGAGCGGCCACGGUAAAAUUAUUUCAUGUUAUGUCAUGUUAUAAAAUUUCUUCACAUGAAAAUCAUCAAAGCAGCAUGCACAUGCAGUGAGAAAAAUAUGCAAAAUGUGUUUCAGAUGAUAAGCACUUCCAUAUCGUAUUUCACCGUUCUCUAUUCUACACAGCAAAGUCCAUGAUAUAAUUAAAUAACCUAAUUACUUUAUGACUUCUGACUUAAGCACGAGUAGAUUCUGCAUAUCAGAGAUUUCGUAGUCGAAUUCUUAUUUUCGCAAACAGAUGAAAUUUAUCACAAGAAAAUUAAGUGCUUUGAGGAACAAAUCGUCAUAAUAUUUUCCUGCGUACUAGAAACCGUAAUAACUAUAUAAAUAUAUUCACCAAUAUUUAAGUACAUAUGUUACGUUUUAUCCUGUAUUCUAUACUUUCCUUGUGUUUUAUGUUUUAACAAAGCAUAUUUUGCAGUUCCGGUAAUAGUUCGAAAUACAAACCGGAUGAUGUGAUACUUUACAAGAAUACAAACAUGUUUCAAGGAAACUUAGUUCGGAAUAAACCGGAGGUUACCAUGCACUCAAAUAAAUGAUAUACGCUUGCGCGAAUUUCAUUCAAGACAUCAUUCUAUGACUGAUCUGUCAGAAAUAAAUAUCCGUUGAAUUUCUUUCUUUGUCCAUCGCUUAAUAGGCAACUUCUACCUCAGUCAAUUGUCACAGAAUUAUUUUGAUAUACGAUGAUGUUGUGCACCAUUUGUCUUACACUUGUACAAAAUUGAGUAAUUAGAAAUAUUACGCUUACAUAAAAGAAAUUUCGAAA